AUGUCCUCAACUCCCGCGCGAGCACGUUCAAGAAUAGUGUCUCGCACACCAGUAACUAUGCCUCGACGCAUAGACAAAGCAAGACCCGACACAGUCCCGGAGAUGCCAGAGUAUGAACCUCCAUCGGUUUCUCUAAGGGCAGAAGCACAGCGCCAUCUCGCCCAACUGUUAGAGUCACAAGAACUGCAAGUCGUCAAGACGCAACUCCAGCAUGCGACCGAAAAGCUCGGUAUUUCUGUAGGCAAGGUGACCGAGAAACUGACAGAUGCACGAGUGCAACAUGAGAGAGACAAAAAUAAGCGACUUGCCGAUGGGGAAGAAUGGAAUGAUCAAGCGGCAGAUGAACAACUGGCGGAGACGGAAAAAAGGCUUGGUGCCCUUACUGGACGGAUAGACGAGGAGAUACGCUAUAUCAUUGACGGCGAGACUCGCUUGGAGGAGUUGGAAAAUUCUAUCAAUGUUAUUGUUGCGGAAGAGGCAGAUGCGCAGGCCUCUAUGCAUUCCCCAGUGGAGCGACGAACACGAAGUUCCCGGCAGCAGCAGCAACAUGAUGAUGACGAGGAUGAAGUUGACCCGAAUCGCGAGACUACCCCGGAACGAGAAGCAAGGGAGCGCAACACGGAGAAUCCACCUAGCGGGAGAUUGGAUAAGAUGUUAGAACAACACAAUAAAGAGUGGAAUCAGCUAUCAUUGACUGAAAGGUACUCUAAAAAUAACUCCUAUAUCAAUUUCUACCGCCAUGUACACAAUGCGAAAUUUCCUGGUGACGAAAAACCUCCCCUACCACACUCUUCCACCUGGUUUGCGCAUCUUGAAGAUACGAGUGCAGGAUCGCAGGUCCAGUCUCGGACCUCGGCUGGCCAGAAUCGAUCUAAGCGCAGUCGACGCGAACCCUCGCCGGCGGAUUCAGACGACAUUGCCAUUGCAACGGAGCGCAUCUCAUUGAAAUGUCCACUCACACUACUGCAAUUCCGUGAGCCAGUCACCAGCACUAAGUGUCUACAUAGCUUCGAGCGAGAAGCAAUUCACGAAAUGAUCUCCACCAGCUCCACUAGCAUCCCGACUCCUGGCACCAAUGGACGAGGCGGUCAACGAAUUCGUGUAGUCAAAUGUCCCGUAUGCUCAGUUCCUCUGUCCGUUGGCGAUCUCCGCCCCGACCCUGUUCUGUUACAACAAGUGCGUCGGGCGGAGGAAUUGCAGGCGCGAAGAGCUGAAGAGGAACAAUCAGAAGAAGAAUCAGAAGAUCAACAUCAGUCAAACCGUGUUACGCUAGCUAGCGACGCGGUUGAUGCAGACAGCGACAUUGACGUUGAUGUCGAAGUUGAGGAUGACUCAGAUGCGCCACCUAUUAAGCCUGAGCCUGCAGCUACUCAGCAGGGAGUCGAUACUCAGGAGAUCCAGUCUGAGCUAGAAUCAGCAUCAGUAUCGGCAUCAGCAUCAUCAUCGUCCGAGUCAGUUUCAAUGGGCUCAGGGUCUGAAUCAGGGAGUGAAAUGGAUGAGGACGAGUAG